UGGGUGGGAGCAAAGCUCUCUGACAACUAGGAAGUGGGGUAAGGAACAGAAGAGGCACUUUCAGUAGCUGCUGUGCUCUUUUCCAAAGCAGAGGGAGAACUUACAUAUUUCAAGUCUCAGCUGCUGAUCAGUGAUCAGCAAUACCCACUUUUCUGGACUUCUGAAGGAUGUUAAGAGUGAAAAUACCAACAAAGCCAAAUCGUCUGCAGACUUAGUGAUUCCACAGAAGUUCAUAUUUAUUGAUACAGCCUUGAAACUCAACCCCUGAUGAAGAACGGCUUUUUAUCACAAGCACAUGUGAGCACAUUGCCUCCUCAACCACCGAGCAGAAAGACGUCCUUUUAAGCAGAAGGAUAUUUAUCCUUUCUCCCACUGUUUUAUGAAGAAUCGGGGUGUGAUCUCAACAUGAUGAAAGUGACAUGGAGAAUGGAGGAACUGGUGAUCCUGUUGUGUGCUGUACAGUGGGCACAGGGCUCUCUGGUCAAAGUCAACAGAGGGAUGAAGGUGAUGAAAGGUCAGUCAGCAUUCCUGCAGGAGGACGACCUGCAGUUUGAUAUCCCAAAAGAGAAGGAUGCUUGCAAAGUGGAGGUCAUCACCAACGAGCCCAUCACCCAGAGAGUGGGAACACUGACACCACAGGUCUUUGACUGUCACUUUCUGACAGAUGAAGUGAAAUAUGUCCACAACGGCUGUCCAAUUCUGGACGAAGACCAAGUCAUGCUUCGGCUUUACAGAUUUACAGAAACAGAGACCCACACAGAGGUCUUCCUUCUCCGCGUAGAGCUGACUAGACCCGAUUGCAACAUCAUCAAGCUAGGUCCAAAGUCCUUGGAGGUGCCUGAGUUUUACAGCCUGUCGGACACUCUCGACGGCAAUGUGGUGUCCUUUCACUAUGACCCUAGGCCAAACCUGGAGUGUACAGUGAGAGUGGCCACCCAGGAGACACAUCUUCCUGCCCAUGGGCAGCUAGUGAUUGGGGAGCCUGAGCUUGUUGAGCCAAGAGGAGAUGAGCCACACAGCUUUGUCCCAAUUCGACAGAGAAUAAUGAACAGGGCUGGGGCCAAGUGUAAAGAUGAGAUCUGCCGCAAAGGACUGAAACUGGUCCAGACCACCAAAGUGCCCUGUGAUGACUUCCUGGUAACAGGCCUUAGAUAUCAGCACUUAGAUCCACCCUCUCCUAAUGUAGACUACAUUGCUAUAAGACUUGACCUCACUGACACCAGGAGCAAGAACAUAAUCCAGUCAGAACACGCCUGGAUCCCAGUCCACAUCAAGAACGCAGUUCCAAACCAGCCUCCUAAAGCCGCCUUCAUGUCCAUGUUCAUCCUGGAAGUAGACCAGUUCAUUCUCACGCCACUGAGCACUGCAACCCUGGAUGCAGAAGAUGGAGAGAGUCCUAAAUCACUACUGGUGUUCAAUGUAACCAAGCCGCCUCCAGAAGGCUACAUCACCCACCUGUCGGAUCACACAAAGCCCAUCUCCUCCUUCACCUGGGGGGACCUCAAUGACGUGCUCAUUGCUUAUCAGCCGCCAAACACCAGUCACACUGAGCGCAGGAACUAUGAGGUGGAGUUUGAGGUCCAUGAUUUCUUCUUUGAGAAAAGCCCACCAAUUACAGUUCAUUUAUCAAUCAGGACCGCAGACACCAAUGCUCCAAGGGUUUCUUGGAAUAUGGGCCUCAGUCUUCUGGAAGGACAAUCCCGGCCCAUAACUUGGGAGCAGCUCCAGAUUGUUGACAAUGAUAACCUGGGAGCCGUGCGUCUCAUCACGGUAGAUGGGCUGCAGCAUGGCAGACUUACUGUGAGAGGGGGGAAAGGCUUCAUGUUCAGCGUGAAUGACAUCAAGGCAGGUGUGGUUCGGUAUCACCAUGAUGACAGCGACACCACCAAAGACUUUGUUGGCUUUCGAAUAUUUGAUGGCCGCCACAGCACCCGCCACAAGUUCCCCAUUAACAUUCUCCCAAAGGAUGACAGCCCCCCUUUCCUCAUCACUAAUGUGGUGUUGGAGCUGUGUGAGGGGCAGACGGCACUUAUCCAAGGCUCCACACUGCAGGCCUCCGACCUAGACUCCAGUGACGACUACAUCCUCUACAACAUUACACGCCUCCCACAGGCUGGGGAAGUCACCAAGAUACCAGGGCCCGGACUUACAGGGUAUCCUGUCAGUCGCUUCCUCCAAAGAGACUUAUUCAAUUCAGUUGUUUAUUACCGCCACCUUGGCAAUGAGGUCUUUGAGGACUCCUUUGAAGUUGUUCUCUCGGACAGCCAUGACCCACCCAAUCUCUCUGAGCCUCAGGUUGUAGUAGUGCACAUAACCCCUGUCCAUGACCAACUGCCAAAAGAAGUGCCUGGGGUUACUCGGCAUCUGGUUGUCAAGGAGACAGAGGUAAUACACCUGACUAAGAAGCAGCUUCACUUCACAGAUCCUGAGUCACCUGAGCAGGAACUGGCCUAUACCAUAACCACACCUCCCUUCUACACCAGCAUUUAUGGGAGACCUGACGCUGGGAAGUUAUUCCUGGUUGACAGCAUUCCAAAAUUCACUAAAGAUCCCAGCGCUCCAGUGCUGAGGUCAUUCACACAGCAUGCUGUCAACUACAUGAAAGUUGCCUAUAUGCCUCCGAUCACAGAUAUUGGACCCACCUCACAACACAUACAGUUCGUCUUCUCUGUCACGAACCAACAGGGUGGCACCGUCAUUGGCAUCUGUUUCAACAUCACAGUGUUGCCUGUGGAUAACCAGGCUCCUGAGGUGUUUGCAAAGCAGUUGACAGUAGAGGAGGGAGGGCAGUGUCAGAUAACUGCUAACCACCUGCUGAUAACAGACCAGGAUUCCACAGAGAACAGACUGAAGGUGGAAGUCAAGAGAGCGCCCCAGCAUGGCCUGAUUGAGCUGGACGGAUUCCCCAUGAAAGAGGGACAAACCUUCACAAUGCAGGACCUAAGAAGCCAAAAAGUUAGAUAUCGCCACGACAGUUCUGAAACAACGCAAGACGCAAUUUUCUUCAUCGCUACAGAUGGCAUUAAUUCAGCAGACUUUGCUGUGCAAGUUAAGGUGAUCCCAGUCAAUGAUGAAACCCCAGUAUUAAUGCCAGGUCUAAUUCCUGUGUUGGACUGUGCAGAGGGAGAGGAAGUGGUCAUCACUGCUGAAUACAUCUUUGCCACAGACAGUGAUAGUGAUGACAGCAAACUCAGCUACAUGAUCGCACGUCAGCCACACCAUGGAGUUUUGCGUAAAAAUGGGAAUAUUGUGGAUCGGUUUGUACAGGAAGACAUAGUUGCGGGGAUCAUCACAUACAAACAUACAGGAGGGGAGAUUGGAUUGAACCCACAGUCAGAUACCAUUUCAUUUGUUGUCUCGGAUGGAGAAGCAGGUAUCAGUCAGGGCUGCUGUUUUGAGGGGCCCUUAGCAGUCAUACUUGCAUCUCGGCUUCAUGAUGCGUUUCCUGUCUAUGACCUCAACAUAACUGUAUUUCCUGUCGAUAACCAACCUCCCAUUAUCAUCACAGGAGAGAUGUUUAUUGUUGAUGAAGGAGGAUCAGCCCCCAUUACUGUCAACAGCCUGAGUGCCAGAGAUGCAGACAGUCCUCUGGAGCAGUUAGAGUUUAUCCUGGUUUCCCCUCCACAGUUUGGCUACAUUGAGAACACCCUCCCAAGUCCCGGCUUUGAGAAAAGCAAUAUGGGCAUCAGCAUCAGUUCUUUUGCUUUGAGCCAUGUGAAGAAUCUUCACAUAAACUAUGUGCAAUCUCGUCACCAGAGGAUUGAGCCCACCACAGAUCAGUUCAUGCUGUACGUGACUGAUGGCAAGCACCGUUCUGUUGAAACCCCUUUCUACGUAAUUAUAAACCCCACUAAUGAUGAAGCCCCUGAUUUCUUGGCAAGAAAUAUUACUGUGCAAGAGGGAAAGAUGAAAGAGCUGGAUCCUUCCAUAAUCAAUGUAGUAGACUUUGAUGUUCCCCGGAAUGAGCUGGUUUUCACCAUUGUUCAGCCGCCACGACACGGAUUGAUCAUGAAUGGAAUCUAUGGAAAUGACAUCACACGCUACAAAAGGCUCACCGCAGACCAGCAGAGCACGGAGCUCUCCGUGUAUGACUUCACCAUGAAAGACCUGGAACACGGAAUGAGUUUGAUGUACAUGCAUGAUGACUCUGAGAGUGUGUCUGAUGGUUUUGCCAUUCAACUGACAGAUGGUAAACAUAAGAUCCAACAAUAUGUAGCAGUCACAAUUAUUCCUACCAAUGAUGAGAAGCCUCAAGUCAUUAGGAAUAAUGGUUUGGAAGUAGAAAUGGGAGAAGCCAGGAUUAUCUCCAGUGCAGUUCUGCUUGCACAGGACAAUGACACACCUGGACAUCAGAUCCACUAUGUGUUUGAAAGUCUACCCAAACAGGGAUUACUCCAGCUUAAGAUAGGCUUGGACUGGGUGUCUGUCUCAGCAGGGAUGAACUGCACUCAGGACGAUAUAGACAUGAACCUUCUCAGGUAUUUGCACACAGGAUCAAUGGGCUCCCAUAGCCAGGACUUCUUCAUCUUCUACCUGUUUGAUGGAAGAAACAGGUCUCCACCUCAGAACUUUUAUAUCUCCAUAAAGGAUAUGGAGAAGGGAGACAUUGCCAUAUUCAUCAAACCCCUGAGGACAUCCAGGGGAGAGCGGGUAGUGUUGACAACUGACAAUCUGCUGGCAGUCGAUGGCACAGACAAACCAGAAGAGCUUCUCUAUGUUGUCACCUCACCGCCCACCAGCGGACACCUAGAGUACAUCAGAUACCCAGGGAUAGCCAUCACCACUUUCAGCCAGAUGGAUGUGGCAGCACAUUUGGUGUGCUAUGUGCACGACAACAGAGCUACUUCACCCCGAGAGGCUUUUCGAUUUGUUGUCAGCAACGGCCUGUCCACCCGAAAUGGCACCCUGGAAAUCACCGUGGAAACAGCUGACCGUGUGCUUCCGACUCUGUCCCGGAACACCGGCCUGCAGGUCCCGGCCGGCUCAAUGAUAGCACUGACCCCAGAAGCUCUGAGCCUCUCCGAUCCCGACACUCCACCCAGCCACCUCUACUUCCUUCUAGCACGGCCGCCGCAGUAUGGACAGCUCUACCUGCAGGGUGUGCCAAUGGGCCAGAGUAAUUUCACCCAGCUGCAGCUUGCCAACAUGGAUCUGGCGUACAAACACAAUGGGGGACCCUCCCAGAUUGACCGCUUCAGUUUUGUGGCCUCCGAUGGCACCAAUCAUGGCUUCCUCGUGGAUGGAAAGAUCCACACAGAGCCCGUCUUUUUCACUAUCCAGGUGGAAAAAACAGACAUGUCAGCCCCUAGAAUUGUACAUCUCCACUGUCUCUGGAAGGCAGAACAGCUGAAGGACGGGCGCUAUGGUAUCUAUAUCUCCUCCAGAGACCUGAAAGCAUCACAUUCUAGCACAAAAGACGAGGACAUAACCUUUCAAAUUCUGCAGGGUCCAUAUUUUGGUUAUCUAGAAAAUGCAACGACAGGCCAGUUCAUCCAUCACAGCUUCAGUCAGGGUGACUUGAAUCGAAAAGGUAGACUGUACAUCAUCAAUUCCGCCCUGGAAGCCCUGUCUGACAGUCUGCAGUUCCAGGUGACUGACCCACUUGGAAACUCUGGAGCUUCCCAGAUCCUUGACUUCAAAUGGUCUAGAACAGAGUUCUCUCAAACUGAAUAUAAGGUUUGUGAAGAUGUUGGUGUGAUGUCAUUGACAAUUGAAAGGAAGGGCAACACAAGGGAGUCCUCUUUUGUUUCAGUUAAGAUUAAUGAAAUCACAGCAUCUGCUGGGAAGGACUUCAUAAUUGGCCAUUCAAGUCUAACUCAAUUUGAUCCUGGGGUCUCAGUCAGGACUUGGCGGGUAGAAAUCACUCAGGACCAGCUGGAGGAAGGAGAAGAGGUCUUUGAAGUGGUGCUCACCUCUCCCGCCAGCACUGUUCUGGGCAGAAACAUGAAAGCUGUUGUGAAAAUAAUUGAUUCAAAACAAGGCCAGUGCAGCAGCAGUAGAACAAAUGACCAGUUUCCAGUCAUAACUGGCUUAAGAAGAAAGGUAGCCGCUGUCUCUUCAGAGCUCCCCCCUCCCAGCCAUGGAAUCAUACAGCUGGAGACGCUGCCUCUCGCUCCAGUGGAAUGGGUCAGAGGAGACGUUCCACAGCAGCACAAGCCCCCUCUCUCCCACACCAGACUGAGGCCUGUCGGAAAUGGAAAAACUGUUCAGCCAUCAUCAGUUCAUCACAAUGGGACAGAUUUAGUAUUUACGUACCACGGAAUAAUGUCUCUCAGAGUGGAGGAUGAGACCUCUCCUUCCAGCACUGACAGAAAAGCUAAGGUGCUAGUGACCAGGAGAGGGCAGCAGAAACAUCCCAUUGUCUCUACAGGAAGCAACGCGGUUCUAAAUCCAGUCCAAACUCCAACCUACUUCACACAGCAGGGUGGUGGAGCCAGAUUCUUCCCCAAAGCCUGUGUUCCUGAACAAAUAGGACUUAUACACUUUGAUCAGACUGUCCACAAGCUCUUCCGCUGUGAUGGGAUUUCUUGGAAACCCUGGAAUCCAGCUGAUGAAAACGUCAACCCACAAAAAUGUCCUUCUGGAUGGACCUUCCAUGGGAAUUGUUGUUAUUUUGUCAGUACGGAUCACACAGCCACAUGGAAUUCUGCUACCAGGGCUUGCAAGGAGAUUUACCAUGGCAACCUUGUUAGUGUUCUGUCAAAGCCUGACAUGGACUGGCUGUGGGACUUCAGUGGAAGAAAGCCCUUUUGGAUUGGCCUGAAUGACAGAGAAAACACCGGAAAGUGGGAGUGGGUCGGAGGUGAGCCAGUGACCUUCACAAACUGGAGGAAGGGGCCUCCCAGGGUGAAGAGGAAGGCAGGGAAGAAUUGUGUGCUGGUGUGGAGAAGAGGGAAGUGGCAAGUUAAAGACUGUAAGAAGGGGAGAAGACAUCACUAUAUAUGUUACAUUAGGACCUGAGCAGCACGCAAGCUGAACGAAGACCAAAGCACAGGCACCAAGAUAAGAGGCAUGAAGGGACAUUAAAUCAAGAGAGUCAUAUUUAUUUAUUUUUUAAUUAAGCAAGGUUAAAAACUAAAGAUGCGUUUCAUAAAACCAGUGGUAGUUAAGGUUACUUCUAUAACAACACAAAGCACCAGUAAUAAAAUGGCAAAAUGCAUCUCAGGAUUGCAACACUGCACAUACAGUACUGUAAAAUAGCCCUGCAAAAAGAAGUGGCAAAUUUAACUCUCAAAUGUGAAUCAAUAACAGGUCAGAGUUGCUUCAUGAAAUUCUUAUAUGUUUACAUAUACUUUAACUCAGUUUUGAUGUUUGAGAUUUCAAUAGUGUGUAACAUUUUAAAUUUAUACUGUAACAAGAAAUUGUACUACUAGAAACAAGGCUCAUAGAUUAUUGUACAUACAGUAGUAUCAUCUUUGAAGUACCACUAGCUAGCAGCAUUCACAGCUGCUAAGAAGCACAUGCCAAAUACCAUCUUUACAACAUACUAAAUCAUUGAGUGCACAUUUCAUAAAAACAUAAGCUAUAGUGUCUCCCGCAGACAAGAGUGCAGAAGAACCUCAAAUAGGGAAAAGUCUCUUAUAUCAGACUAUUGGCAAAUUUCAAACUUAGUUUAAAAAUGACCUCAAUAACAUUCCGUUUUAUAGCAUAGCAUUCUCUGUGAAACAUAGGAAUUUAAACUUCAAAGAAAUUGUACAGCGGUGCAAAACGCUAUGCUAUACUAAUGACAGGAACUGUCCUAAAACUGUUCAAAUAACCCAUCACAAGAACAAGUUAAUAAUGAAAUAGAGUUUAUGACAACAGAGGACGUAAGUGUCUCACUAUCUUCAGUGUGUCUAAUAUUAUGUCUUACAUCUAUUUCACUGUUAUUUAAAAAUUACCUUCCAGAAUAAAAUGAUAGAGAAAUAUGUCAGUUAUCAAGUAAUUCAUAAAUCCCAUCAGGUAGAAACAGCCUCAAAAUUCCUCUGAACCAUGAAACUGAACAUGGUACUACUUUCAUUUUGCUUAACAGAUAAUACAUUCUCUCUUUUUAACUUUGUAAAAAAUAAAACCAGAUCAUAUAAAAUCCAGAAAUGGAUUAUUUUAAUUUAAAACAAAUCUCAGCCAAAUUAAUUCAAAUUAAUGUGUUCUUCAAAUAAUUUGCAUGUCUAAUACUUAUGACCCCUCUGAAAUUGUCACAUGAUUCUUACAAAAAAUUAUACCAUAUUGAUGUCCUCAGUCCAUGCAAGGAGCAUAAACGGAGGAGCCAAGAUGCCUUAUUUACAUAAAAUGCUCUCUGUGAACACGCUAUUUUGCAAACAAAAUAAUACCUAGCCCCCUCUUUGCUAUCCCAAUUACAUUCAAAGUCCUGCUUAACAUAUUUGAGUGUUCAGCACUCUUAACAUAAAAAAAAGACACACAAUUACACAUGUGUUUAAAUUUUCUUUUUAUCCCACAGACUGUUUACAAUGAAAUCAGUCUUUGGAAGAUUCUCUUUCUUCAAAUCCUUUUCCUCUUAGGUCUUUGAAGUGUGGGUGGCAGACACAGAUCUGCUACCCAAUAAAGCCACUACUCAAUGUGGAGUGUUAACUGUCACAUCCUUUCUAGUGUGAGGUCCACACUCAGCAGAGUGCAGAUGUCCCUCCUAAAGUCUGUCAGACAGACAAAG